AGAGUCAUGAUCAGGUGGCUCAUUACCUGGUCCAGAGAGACCUCUUUUGCCGUCCGUCCACUGCUCUGAGCACGGCUGACCAUGUCCUGCAGGAUAAAAACAAUUCCAGUGCCAUGGAGCAAACUUGGGACUCUUACAUCAGUUCCUUAAAUCAGAACUCUUUGCCCAGACAAGUGGAGGUGACCCAGGGAAGAUAUUCAGGGUCACUUGAAAACCUGUCAUUCUCCAAAGGGGAUAUCAUCACGGUGGUGGACCUGGAGCCAGUUUUCGUCAGAGCAGAACUGAAGGACGGUGAUCAAGUUCUGGACGUGGUCACUAUACCUCUUAGAUAUGAAGGAAACUUCCAACUGAUGGCAGACCCGGUUUCUUUUGAAACUGUGGCUGAUUUAACCCGUUCUGUCCGACUUCCCCAGAGUCCUGUGGCCCCUAGAAGUCCUCCCCGCUUCCAGAACUCAAUCCCCAUCUCCGCAGACAAUUUGCCCAUGAAGCUCAGGAAAGGAGAAACACUGUCCUUAAUUGGCUUUCAAGAGAGUCGGGGGAGGAGGCUGCUGCAAUGCAAGGUGCUGAGGAAGAAGCCACCGCUGACAGUGCUCCUCCCCAUGGACUGCAGGGGCCACUUCCUGGAGUGCCAGGACGACAGGUUCUACUCCAUUGACACCAUCGUGAGGUGGAAGAUGCUUGCAGGGAGGAAACGCACGGUUAGAGUGCAAGCAAGACAUCACCCGAAGCUCCUUGGCCCCCUGGUUCCAGAGCACUUUCGUGGACAUUUAGUUUUGUAUCCCUGUUUCUCAGUGACGGCAAAUCUGCUAGGUGAGACCCGGGUUAGCAUCCCCUCCGAUCUGGAUAUCAGUGUUACUGAGAUUGCCCGCCUCGAUCGUAAGCCCAGGACAACGAUGAGACAAAUAUACAGCAUGGAAGAAAGCAAGUUCCCAGUGAGAGUUAAAAUAAUGAAUGUGGUCCAGUCGGAGAGCAAGGAGUACCCAAAGCCUCUGAAACGUGGGCAGCUCUUAACCAUCCUCAAGACUGAAGAGGUGAAAAAAUUCGUUGCCUCUGAGAUUUCCCAAGGAAAGAAAGGGAAGUGUUUUCUCGUCCCAUACACCUAUCAGGGCCUGGUGCUUAGGAGAGGUCGUUAUUUUUAUGCUGUCUCUGAUGUUGCUGCUGCCAUGAAGCAUGGAGAGCUCUGCUUCCAGGCCUCCCAGGACUACACCUCCUACCUGGGAUCGUUUGCAUCUUUCAGAGCCAACGAGUGCUUCCUGGCCCUGAAGAAGAGUGUGGUUUCCGCCGAGAUUCACGGUGAGCUGCACAGGGUGGAAGUGCUCAAGUGCCUGAACAUUGCCACUAAAGCCCACGUCAAACUGCCCUUGUUUGCCGUAGGUAAGUUCCUGGAGCUGUUUGACGGCGCUAGGCCAGGGACCCUGCAGGAGCUAUGCCAAGUCACAAGACUGCCGUGCCACGUCAGAGUGACCAGCCCAGAUCCCUCCAUGACUGUAGACCCUCUAUAUGGAACUAAGGAACUGAGAAUUGAAAAUGUCAUCAUUGAACAAUGCCUCAUAGCCAAAGAUGAACCAACACUGGAGGACAUAAUCUCCUCAGCAGACAUGUACAGGGAGUGGCCAGAAACCACAUUUGAAAUCCCGAUUGAGAAGAUAAGCUGUGAGGUGUUAGUGGUAGAAGAGCGUUCGUGGAUAGCUGAUGUCAGGAAAGAGAGAUGCAGGCCUCUCCAGAGCAUCCAGGAGGUCACUAAGGAGUCUCUGGCCUUUAGUAAUUGCUUGGUUAUUCGCCGUCCACCACCACCUGUUCCAAAGCCCAGAAGUUUGUUCUAAAAAAAAAGAAAAUAUGACUACUAUCCCUUGCUUUGUAUACAGGAUCACUAGCACGCUCAGGAACUGAGUAUCUGGAGUUCUCUAGAGCCGAAAAGGAGCCCCCAGAGGUGGGAGCCCAGAGGAAAUCGCAGGUGUUGAGACGUGAUUUCCAUCACCCCUGUAUGUUUGCUAUACGUUGUGUUAUCAUUCUGUUACUGUGACAUAAUGCUUGGAUAAUCAGCUCAUGGGGGUGGGGGAGUGGUGCGGAAGGGAAGGUUCCUUUGGGCUCAGAGUUUCAGAGAUUUGAGUUCAUGACCACCUGGCCCCACUGCCAUCACAGUGGGAACAUGCAGUGGAUCAAAGCUGCCCACCUCAUGAUUGGUGGGUGGGAAGCGGAAAGGUUCCCAUGUCCCUUUCUAUAAGCCCCCAGGAACAUAACUCCCUUCAUCAAGGCGCCACCUAUUUAUUAGUGGCUCCCAAAAGCAUAGUCUCCAUUAUCUCCCAAAAGUACUGCAUGCUGGAGACCAAGCCUUUAACACACGAGCCUUUGUGGGACUCCUAUUAAAAGCAUUGCGGCUGGGCUGGAGAGAUGGCUGGGAUUGCUCUUCCAGAGGUCCUGAGUUCAAUUCCCAGCAACAAAAUGGUGGCUCACAACCAUCUGUAAUGGGCUCCGACGCCCUCUUCUUGUGUGUGUGUCUGAAUCUACAGUGUACUCAUACGCAUAAAAUAAAUAAAUAAAGACCAUCCCA